AUGAAUGACGCGGAAAAAUCCGCCCCCAAAAUUGCUGAACAAUUAGCAAAAAUCAUCAACUCUCGCUGGCUAAACAAGCUGAGUGAUGAAAGCCUUCGUGAGAAACUUGAUACCCAUUUGCGUCCGGUUAACUGUGACCGACUCAUUACUCCGGAGGUCAACCCAGAAAUCUGGGGGCGUCUCGACAAAGAAACAAGAAGCAAAGAUCUAAAGCUGUCAUACUUGCAAACUAACCUAGCAGCGGUUGGUAAUAUUGUCUCGCAAGCAACAGAUAUGUUGUUGACAGCUCGUGCGGAAAACAGCGAAGUCCACAUCGAAAACCUUAUUCGCAAGAAUAUGGACGCCAUUGCUAUUAUGGCCCACAUUAGUUAUGAUUUGGCUCAACGAAGACGUGAUGUUAUUCGUCCAACACUCAAUAAGGAGUAUGCUACACUGUGUGCUUCCCAUGGGCCUGUUACCACUUUGCUUUUCGGGGACGAAUUGCAAACACAACUGAACCACAUACGGGCAUCGAAUAAAAUAAAAAAUACGGCAAGUGGUUCCGAAUAUUAUCCACCAAGGCGCCAUUUCUCGCCUUAA